AUGGAGCAGUUGAUGGAACAGGAAGGGGACAACAUGGAUCUAGCUGGGGAUGGCAUCCUGCCACAACAACAUGGUCCUGCUGGGGACGGUGAAGAAACAGACCCCACGCAAUACUAUGAAAAUAGGCUGAAUAUGCUCGAUUCUCUUAGAAGCACGGGCGUCGACCCCUAUCCGCACAAGUUUGAGGUCGCGAUCUCCAUCCCAGACUAUGUGACCAAGUACAGCAGCUUGGGUGCUGGCGAACAUUUUCUGACUGUCACUGAAAGCUUGGCUGGGAGGGUCAUGAGCAAGAGAGUUUCCUCAUCCGAACUCUUCUUUUAUGAUCUCUAUGGCGAUGGGGUGAAGGUUCAAGUCAUGGCUGGGGCCAGCUGCUCAGAGGUGGCCGAAACUGAAUUCUACAAAUGCCACAGUGUUGUGAAGCGGGGAGAUAUUGUUGGUAUAAUUGGAUAUCCAGGUAGGAGUAGCAGGGGCGAGCUUAGCAUAUUUGCCAGAAAAUUUAAUAUUGCUCUCCCCGUGCCUCCACAUGUUACCCAACCAGAGAACUGGGAGUUGCACUGCUGUUGCUGGCAAGAAACUCGCUACCGCCAGAGAUAUCUCGACCUCAUGGUAAACCAUCAAGUGAGACAUAUCUUUAGAACACGAUCCAGGGUCAUUUCCUUCAUCAGAAGGUUCCUCGAUGAACGCAACUUUUUGGAGGUCGAGACUCCAAUGAUGAACUUGAUUUCCGGGGGAGCAUCUGCAAAACCAUUUGUUACACAUCACAAUGAACUAAACAUGGAUCUGUACAUGAGAAUUGCUCCUGAACUCUAUCUGAAGCAGUUGGUCGUGGGUGGCUUGGACCGUGUUUAUGAGAUAGGAAAGAAAUUCAGGAAUGAAGGGAUUGAUUUAACUCACAAUCCUGAAUUUACAACAUGUGAAUUCUAUAUGGCUUAUGCAGACUACAAUGACCUGAUGGAGCUGACUGAAACCAUUUUGUCGAGUAUGGUGAUGGAGCUGACUGGUAGUACCAGGAUAAAAUACCAUGCGAAUGGAACUGAUAACCCUCCCAUAGAGAUCGAUUUCACACCUCCUUACAGAAGGAUAAAUAUGAUGCAAGAACUGAAAUCUAUCGCUGGGCUUGACAUUCCAUUAGAUUUGUCAAGCGACGAGGCUAACAAAUACCUCGCGGCAACAUGUGAGAAGUAUGGAAUCAAAUGCUCGCCGCCUCAAACAACAGCACGGUUGCUUGACAAGAUUACUGGGCAUUUCCUGGAGGCCACGUGUGUGAACCCGACUUUUAUCAUCAAUCAUCCAGAGAUAAUGAGCCCACUGGCCAAAUGGCACAGGACUCAGUCAGGACUGACAGAAAGAUUUGAGUUAUUCAUCAACAAGCAUGAGGUAUGCAAUGCCUACACCGAGUUGAAUGAUCCAUUGGUGCAAAGACAGCGAUUUGAAGAGCAGCUGAGGAGCCGGCAAUCGGGAGACGACGAAGCGAUGGCGCUCGAUGAGGCGUUCUGCACUGCUCUCGAGUAUGGUUUGCCACCAACGGGCGGUUGGGGGAUGGGAAUUGAUCGGAUCGCAAUGCUUCUGACGGACUCGUAG